GGACUCUGUUGCACGGCAUAGCGAUAGCGUGUUUUUCGAAAAUCACUUGUCUUUUUCAUGAAGUUAUAAUAAAAACAUAACACGAUGGCAGGCGUGUUAUUUGAGGAUAUAUUCAACGUGAAGGAUAUGGACCCGGAGGGCAAGAAAUUCGACCGUGUGAGUCGGCUACACUGCGAAUCCGAGUCGUUCAAAAUGGACUUGAUUUUAGACAUAAAUUCGUGGAUUUAUCCAAUGGAGAUUGGGGAUAAGUUUAGAUUAGUGCUUGCUACAACUCUCAGAGAGAAUGGUUACCCUGAUGGAGGAGAAUGGAACCCGCUAGAAACGGAGGGAAACCGCGCCGACAGCUUCGAAUAUGUCAUGUCAGGGAAAGUUUACAGGAUAGAAGGUGACGAAGCUACCAUCGAACCGGCUUCCCGUCUGGCAGCUUACGUGUCAUUCGGAGGCCUCCUAAUGAGGUUGCAAGGAGACGCCAACAACUUACACGGAUUCGAAGUGGACCAACACAUGUAUUUGCUGAUGAAGAAACUGGCCUUCUAAAUGGUGAAGAAUGUUCUAGAAGAUGGAAAAUGUUAGGGAAUAUGAACUACUACUUACAAACAAUAUCUUGAUUGAUAUUUUUUUUACAUUGAUUGAGAAUAUUUGUGUAGAAGUUAAAUGGUUUUUUUACAUCCAAUCCAGUGUUACUCCAAAAAACCCUGUUAAAACACUGUGAAAAGCUUUUUUUUGCAAGAUAAUCAAAAGUUAUUAUGAAGUAUCUUAACACAACACAAACCAGUAAAUGUAGUUCAAUCAAUGGUUAAAUUACAGAAGUAAUGCAAAAGAUAACAUUAUUUUCAUAGAGAACUGAAAUUUUAGAGUAAGUUAAUGCAUAAGUUAAGUCUAGGAAUAAAACAUUUA